UUCAGUUGGGGAAUAUUGACGGAAAACACGUGAACCCCAACAAAUCUAUUAAAAAGGACUGUUUUGCCUCCUCCAAGUCAUCGGGGUGACUAUGGCUCGCGCCGGGACUCUCCGCGCGUCCCUGCUGGUCAUUUUACAGCAGAUGAUCCUGAUCAGCUCUGCUCAGAGGGGGCUGGUUGGUCCAAGAGGGCCGCCUGGACCUCCAGGGGUCCCUGGGUUUUCUGGUGUUGACGGCAUUGAUGGUGAUAGGGGACCUGGUCCUGGCCCGGAUGGACCCCCAGGCCCUGAUGGAGAAAAUGGCAGGAACGGAUUAAAUGGCCUUCCAGGAAAACCAGGAGCGGACGGUUUGACUGGGCCACGUGGUGAACUGGGCCCUGCUGGCCCACCUGGACAGAAAGGUGAGCCUGGUAAGCCUGGGCCAAGGGGAGCCCCUGGUGUUGGAGAGGAUGGUGAAGCAGGUGCUGAUGGGGAAGAUGGAUUACCUGGAGAGCUGGGCAAAGUUGGACCUCCAGGAAGUCGGGGAUUGAGAGGUCCUGUUGGUGCUCAAGGAUUACCAGGUCCCAGAGGCCCUCCUGGAUUGUGGGAUGGUAAGGAGCUGUGUCCAAAUGCCUGUACUUCUGGUUUGACUGGUUACACUGGUCUUCCAGGCAUGAAGGGCCACAAAGGUGUCAAAGGUGAAUCAGGUGAACCAGGAAGGCAAGGACAUAAGGGUGAAGAAGGAGACCAGGGAGCACCUGGAGAGCAAGGAGCACAAGGAACACCUGGUUCACAGGGUCUAAGAGGAAUCACAGGGAUGAUGGGCCCUAAAGGGGACAGGGGACCUCGUGGGAAUGUUGGUGAUUUGGGUCCUCAGGGUAUACAGGGUGCCCCUGGUGAUCAUGGUCAAAGAGGUAAAGUAGGUGAGGCCGGACCAAAUGGAGCUCAGGGACCUCAGGGGUUACUGGGACUUGUGGGUUUACCUGGACUGAAAGGAGAGACUGGUUUGCCUGGUGUGGAUGGUCGUGAUGGUAUUCCAGGACUUCCUGGAGUGAAGGGUCUUCCUGGGAAAGUUGGCUCACCUGGUGAGGCUGGACUUCAGGGAUUUCCAGGUUUACUAGGUAUUCCAGGAGCAAAGGGCCACGUGGGUGAAAAAGGAAAUUUUGGUGAUCCCGGCGUGGCAGGCCUGAUUGGAAAUAAUGGAAAAACAGGUGAACGUGGUGAGCAGGGAGAGGUUGGACCAGUCGGACCAAGAGGUGGGCCAGGAGAAAGAGGAGAAAGAGGCCAUGAUGGGCCUGUAGGCUUGCCAGGUGCAAGGGGUGCUAAAGGAGAUCCAGGCCUUCCUGGUCUUCCAGGGCCUGCUGGCCUACCUGGGCAGAAAGGAGACAGGGGCAUGGUUGGUCUCACUGGUCCAAAAGGCGAGCAAGGACCACCUGGUGAAGAAGGAACACCAGGAGAGAAAGGAGAUGUAGGUGAUGAGGGAGAGCCAGGAGAGAAAGGAUCGACAGGAAAACCAGGGGAUGCAGGAAAUAAAGGACCAGAGGGAGGGCGUGGCCAGCCUGGACCAGAGGGCCUUCCUGGAGAGCCUGGACCAAGAGGCAUGCAAGGAGACAGAGGAGUACCCGGACUGUCUGGGUCACAGGGACGACCAGGCCAAGCACCAACAAAUCAGCACAUUAAGCAGGUCUGCAUGAGGGUCAUGCAUGAACAGCUCGCCCAGCUGGCAGCUAGUAUGACAAGGCCUGAGUCGGGCAUCGCUGGGCUGCCAGGUCCUCCUGGUCCCUCUGGUCCUCCAGGGCCUGCUGGAGACAAUGGCUUCCCUGGACAUCCUGGUGGCAGAGGACUGCCAGGUCUAAAAGGGCCACCUGGGCUUCUAGGGAGAAAAGGGCCCAAAGGUGACCAUGGUGACAGAGGAGAUAGAGGACCCACUGUGCAGGGACCUAAAGGUAUUCCUGGACCGCCAGGGCUCCCAGGUGAGCCAGGUAGGCCAGCAUAUGGCAGUGAUGGACGUGACGGCCUAAAAGGACCUCCAGGUGUUCCUGGAAUGCCAGGUGUACCCGGGCCACCUGGUCCUUCUGGCCUUAACGGAUACUGCGAGCCAUCCCAGUGCAUCCUUCAAGUAGUUGCAGGUUCGAUGUCUGCCAAGGAGUCAACCAUGAAGGGACCAGAUGGUCUAUGAGUGGACAACCAUCAGUGAGCUGCACAUCAGAGUCCAGCGACUCAUGACAGGAAAACUUGAGAGACUAAUGAAAUGACUCCCUCUACGAGGAGAUUUCUAUGUUGGUUGUAUAUGCAAGUGUUUUAAAUACUUAAACACUAGUGUGAAGUGAACAACAGCAUGAAGUCAGGCUGGAUCAGUUCGUAUUACAGUUCCCAGUGGCUCGGUCCCCCCUUUUACAAAAAGAAAUUUUGUUUUUGACAAUUAUGGAGAGUUUGAAUAUUUCCAUAAAAAUGAAAAUAAACCAAAAUUGUCCCAGCAAUAAUGCAAUCAUAGUUUGCAAAAAAAAAAAAAAAAAAAAAAAAAAACACACGCUCAGGUUUGGUAUGAUUUCAAUGUACUUUCCGUUAUAAAGGUACUGGAUGGUGUAUAUGACUUGGGCAUACUUUUUUAAAACUUUGUAAAUUUGUCAAUAAUGAUUUCAGUUAAAAGUUUUGGGUUGUUUUAAUCAGAGACAUUAUACAAAUGUCUGUUUCGUUUCAGUUUUCAAUGUUUAGAAAAAUAUCUAGGAGUUUUCUAUAUUCUUAUUUAUUAUAGAAAGGUUCGAUGUGACAUCUGCGGUUGUGAAAAAGG